UGAAUACUGUGGUAUUCCCUACAUCAGAGAGAGAACUGGUCCAAGUGAAACAAAAAUUUUUGGUAUAGCCGGAAUUCCAAAUGUGAUUGGAGCAGUGGAUUGCACACACAUCGCCAUGUUAGCCCCAAGGGAGAGAGAAGACAUAUAUGUGUGUCGGAAAGGAUACCAUUCCAUUAAUGUACAAGCUGUUGUAGAUGCAAACAUGAGAUUCACUAACAUUGUGGCAAAGUGGCCGGGAUCCACACAUGACAGUGUAAUCUUUGACAACUGUAGCUUGAAGGACUGGCUGGUGGAUGGAAGCAAAGGAUGGCUACUAGGAGACUCCGGCUAUGGACUGAAACCAUAUCUUCUUACUCCAAAGCUGAAUCCAAUGAGCAGAGCUGAGAUCGCGUUCAACUUGGCCCACAGUCGUUCGAGGAUGGUAGUAGAGAGGGCGUUUGGACUGUUGAAGUCACGUUUUAGGUGUCUUCACAAAACUGGAGGCUAUCUACAAUUUUCGCCUCAGAAGAUAGCUCUGGUUGUGACUGUAUGUGCCAAGCUGCACAAUCUGUGUCUGAGUGAUGGUUUCCUUGACAUUGAUGACAUUGACGUAGAAGAUGAUGAUGACAAUGUACAACUGCCACUGGAAAACCCUGACCUGAAUGCGUUGCGUGCACGGGCCUUACUGAUUGAGAGAUUUCACUAAAAAGGGAUUCUAUAUUAAUUUAAUAUAGAAUACCUUUUUCAGGGAAAUCGCUCAAUCAGUAAUGAAUUGAUUCUCAAUAGCAUACUGAACUGUUUAAUGUAUUGUUUUGUUCAUUUCACUACUAGAGUAUUGUUUUAUUACUAUGUGAUACUAGGUGAUAUUUAGUGUUAAAAUAUAAGAAGUAGUUCUAACAAUGACACAAUAUUUUUUGAUAGUUGUUAAAAAUUGCAGAGAAUUGUAAUAACCUUAUUAAUUUCACACCAUAUUUAGUACAUUUCAUUUAUAGCAAUUUGCUGCUAAAAUUGUCAUUUGAUUUAUAAUAUGAAUGUUAAUAAAUGUUUAAAGCCACACACCUUGAAAUGAAGUACAUGUUAAUAAAUACAUAUUGAUGCAAUUUCAAAAUGUGCAAAAUUGUCAUAAAAUCUCUAGCCUUGUUAGCAAGUUAUUUAUUGUUUUUUUUAAUUUAAAAACCAAAAGUAGGAUUUCUAUACAUAUACAUACAUUUCGACAAACGCAAUUAUUUUUAAGUUUUAAAGCGCAAAAGAGACAGAUGUCUACCUUGUAACCACCAGAUAUAUUCUUAUUGGCAUAGAUCAAAUAUGUUUCUCAUUUAUCCUUAAACUUACUAUGCCAUGUAUUUCAUUUCAAGGUGUGUGGCUUUAAACAAUGAUUAUUUAUUGUUCAUUAAGCGGAAAUGAAAACAGUUUUGCAAGAAGUUCUCUGGUUCUUCUUUGCUCUAAUAAAAUUGCAUCGAGUGUCUCAUUUUGCUGUCUCAAAAGUUGCAAGACAUCUUCAUGGUCAUCUGAAAAAAAAGGCUUAUUUU